AUGUCAGAAAGUGUAUUAGAGAUUCAACGGUAUGCACAAGAAGAACUAGAACGAUUGAGUCAAGCGAUUGUAGAUCGUCAAGUCGCGAAUCCUAAAGCAAUUCGAGAACGAUUGAGGUUGGAGCACCAGAGCUCGCAGUAUAUAAAGCAAAUACGCGAUACAAGUGAAAGACUAUUGAAAGUCUAUGAAACUGGAAAUGAGUUGCGUCAACAGGAAAUAGCUCGCAUUUCUCGCGACGAAGGUUUAGACGGAUUUUAUAAUGAGUUGGAUGAGAUCCGUGAUUUUCAUCGUCGAUAUCCAGAUCAUGGAGUAGAAAACUUUGAGCAGAUGUAUGCGAUCAAACCAUCAGAGAGUGGCACCGACGAGAUUGACGCCUUGUUCCGUGGUGAGGAAAUGUAUGGACGAUUUAUGGAUUUAAAUGAGUUGUAUGACGAGUUUGUCAAUUUGAAAGGAGUUCAACCGAUUUCUUACUUGGAGUAUCUUUCCAAGUUAAAUGAUUUCAACUUAGUUCCCAAAUCUGAAAAAAAUCAUUCCUAUGUAUCGUACUUGCGCCAUCUUUAUGAAUACUUUCUUUCAUUUUUUCAGAGGACGCAUCCUCUUAAAGAUAUCCAUCGAAUAGUCUCAGUUUUUCAAACUGAGUUUGAUGUUUCCCGGGAAGCUGGACUUCCUGGCCAGGCCGCAGGAGGUGAUCAAACUACCAAUUCUUCAUCUGGUCAGUAUUGUGAAGCGUGCGAGAAGUUUUAUCAAAAAAAGUCUGUUUACGACGCUCAUCUUUCAUCGAAAAAGCAUAAAAAAGCAGCUGAACGCUUAGAGGCUGGAAAGUCAUCCAAUCCCGACGAGACCUCUUCUGCUUUAGUAUUAGGGUCAAUUUCUGGUCGCCCACAAGAGAUUGCCGCUUUGGAGUUUAUAAUCAAAAAGUUGCUUGGUAUCUUGAAAGAAGAACAUCAAGCUACUCGAGAAAAUGUUGUGCGUCGUCAAACAUUGACAGCAUCAGAGCGGCUUGCGGAAAUUCAAGCCGCGGAGCGUGAAGCUGUUGAAGAUUCUGCCAUUCAAAGGGAUUCUCAAAAAGGUGAAGACGAAAGUAGCGACGAAGAGGGUGAAGCAAGAAUAUACAAUCCAUUAAAGCUGCCCAUCGGUUGGGAUGGAAAGCCAAUUCCUUUUUGGUUAUGGAAGUUGCACGGACUUGGAAAAGAAUUCCCUUGCGAGGUUUGUGGUAACUAUGUUUAUAUGGGCCGCAAGGCUUUUGAUAAGCACUUUACAGAACAGCGACAUAUAUACGGCCUUAAAUGUCUGGGGAUAUCUCCUUCUCCCCUAUUCAAUCAAAUUGUCUCAAUCGAUGAAGCUUUGCAACUAUGGCAAAAAAUUAAGGCAGAAAGCCGCAAGCAGGAGACAUCCAUGGCUAAUUUAAACGAGAUGGAAGAUGACGAGGGUAAUGUCAUGUCUGAGAAGGUUUAUAACGAUUUGAAAGCUCAAGGAUUGUUGUAA